GAAUUCUUUCAUGGGAGAGGGGAUAGAUUCUGACCGGUUUGCUGUUUGCAGCCCAUGUGAACUGCUCUGAAAAAAGUCCAUCAAUUUCCAUGCAAAUUCAUAUAUUAUUCUCUUGCCAAGUUGCCGCAGAUUUGCUUGUUUGUUUCCAUUCCCUCCCUCGUUUUUAUAAUUCCUCUCUAUGAUAGAUCUGUCACUCUCAGCUUUUAAUGCGUCAAAUUUAUAGUUCACCAUGGAAUUUAGCUCUUUCAAACCAAACCCACCAGCCCCUUUUGAUUUGAUUAUCUCUUCGAUGUUGUUAAGUUCAUAUAAUCAGUGCCUUGCAGCUUCUACUUCUACAUAUCAUUACGUUUGUACUGUCUUCCACUAAUUUCACUGCGAUUCUGAGCUUCUCUGCUAUGGAAAUAACACACUUCUUUUACUCUUGAGUUAAUUUCUUAAUGUUCAUGGCUAUUUACUGCUUCAGAUGGGUCCCUUUAUCUUCUUCAGUGACGUAAGUUUGAGCAUUCAGACAUGGUGAGAUUCUACUUCUUGUCGGGUUUUGUUGCUUUCAUUUCCUCAUUCGUCUUCUGAAUGCGAACGAAAAGUUUUCUCUAUUCUGUGGGCUCUGGGAUAUCUCUUUCGGCUACUAUUGAAAUCUCGAUGUCGUUAACUUCUUUGCACUAUGUUGUUUUUGUGGAUGUUUAUGGGAUAUAGAUCUGUUUUUGGUAUGUAUUUGAAGUUGUGGUUCAGUUUUUCUGGGUGAUCUUUGAAGCUUGCACGCCAAGUGUUUGACAAAAUGACUGUGAGAGAGUGAGAGUUUUUUUUUUUUGGGACCAAAAUGAAGGGGAGGGAGGAGAAUGGGUAUCGCAAAAAUGGAUCAAAACAUGAAAAGGCUAUGAGUUUUGAGUUUCAAAGAGGAAAUGGAGCUAAUGGCAGUUUCCAUCGCCGGGUGGUCACAGCUAAAUCAACUCCAUCGAAGUGGGACGAUGCACAGAAAUGGAUUUUUCGGUUGCCAAUAGGAGGAGAAAAAGAGGAGUCCAAAAUCAAGCAUAGAAACUCGAAUGCUGAUGACUUGCGGCUUAUAGCUGCUGUGCCACAACAGGAGCAUGAGUAUUUGAGCGGUGGAGAUAAAAGGACUGAAGGGCGAGAAGAAAAUGGUGACUUUGCUUCUGCAAUGAGCAGUCAAAGUGAAGCAGAAACAAAGAUGAUGAAAUGUGAUGAACCCAUCUGGAGAAUCAAUAAACCAUUGGAGAGCUGCAACACGGUGGUUAGGUCUGUUUGCUUGAGGGACAUGGGGACAGAGAUGACUCCCAUAGCGAGUCAGGAGCCCUCGAGGACGGCUACUCCAGUCAGAGCCACCACCCCUGUGCUUCAGAGCCCUAUAACUUCUGGAUCUUCCACCCCAGCAAGGCCUCACCAUGAAAUGCCGGCCAUUGAAGAUCGUCAAGCAGGUUUUGCUUCUACUGCCAUGGUAGUGAAAAACCAGAGCUCUGAUCAGGUUGUAAAGAUGAGCUCUAUGGAAACUAGAGCAACGGCAUGGGAUGAAGCCGAACGAGCCAAGCAUAUUGCAAGGUACAAACGUGAAGAAGUGAAGAUACAAGCAUGGGAAACCAGCGAGAAGAGGAAAGCUGAGUCAAAAAUGAGAAAAAUUGAGAAAAAGGCAGAGAAAAUGAAAGCUUGUGCGGAAGAAAUGCUGGCAGAUAAAGUAGCAGCCACAAGAAGAAUAGCUGAAGAGAAACGUGCAAAUGCAGAGGCAAAACUAAAUAAGAAAUCUGUAAGGACUUCUGAAAAAGCUGAUUAUAUUGGGAGGACUGGCCACUUGCCUUCUUUCUCCUUCAAGCUGCCUUCAUUGUGCUGCUGCAGAUUGAAGCUCACCUGAAUCUUCUUGACAUAGUCUUUGCGACACCGAGCCAAAGAGCUGAUCUGCCUAUCAAC